CAACAGUCAAGUGAGCAAAGAACAAGUCCGCAAGACAGAUUCUUCUUCAAGUCUCUCUUGAUCACAUUUUGAGUUUUUUUUUAACAAGUUUGAGAAUUUUGUUGCUGAGGCCAGAAGACACAUAAACAAAUCUUCAAAAAUGAAUUUUAUGAUUGUAUUCUUUCUGCUCAUUGGAGCUGCUAACUUAAGCAUCCAGAGCCCAAUUGUUGACAACAAUGCCGAAGAAAUUGCCUUGAUCUAUCCGGAUUCUGAUAUAAAUGCUGAUGAUGAUCUCCAGCCAGCUGAAAAUCACAUCUUCCGUCCUUUCUUCCGUUACAAAGAACGUUCAGCUUUCAGAAGACGAACCCGAGAAGCCACUCCUGAAGAUUAUGUUGAAGUCAUCCCAGAAAUAGAAGAAACUGAUGAUCUACAACCAGCUGAGAAUCACAUCUUCCGUCCAUUCUUCCGUUACAAGGAGCGUGCAGCAUUCAGAAGGCGAACCCGUGAAGCUUCUCCUGAAGAAUUCUCUAAAGAUCUUCCUGAGCUUCCAAAUGAAGAUUCUGAUCUUCAAACUGCUGAAAACCACAUCUUCAUUCCGUACUUCCGUUACAAGGAACGUCGACUUGUAAGACACCGUGGUCGUCGUUCUAUUGUCCCAGAAAAUGUACCGGCUGACUUGCCUCAAAUCCCAAGUGAAGACUCUGAUGAUCUUCAAGCAGCAGAGAAUCACAUCUUCGUGCCCUACUUCCGCUACAAGGAGCGUCAGGCUUUCAGACAUCGUGGUCGUCGUUCGGCUCCAAAUGAAGAACUUGCUGCAGAUUUUCCAGAACUCCCAAAUGAAGAUUCCGAUGAUCUUCAAACAGCUGAAAAUCACAUCUUCGUACCUUACUUCCGCUACAAAGAACGUCGAACUUUCAGAAGGAGGGACUACCGUGCUGUUCGUAAUGUCAAUGACAUCGAUUCUGAGCCUGUGAGGACUAGAAGAACUCGAUCUGUCCAUGAUCCUAAUGAUCUUCACGAUCUUGAAACUGCGGAAAUUCAUGUAUUUCGCCCCCUGUUCCGAUACAAGCAAAGCGCUGCCUUCAGGAGGCAUGUGAAGAAGUUUAAGAAGACCAACAGCAGCAAUAGGGGUUAAAUUAAUUAACUUCAAUUAGGACUAUUUAAAUUCUGCUUAUCAAAUAAGCAUAACUGUGAUAGUUAUUAGACAUUUUUCAAAUUUACAAUUUAUAUCCACUUACUUUUUAUAUAUAUUUUUUGAAUCAAAAAUUUAUAAAUUAUUUAAUUUUAAAAUUGUUUUACAAUAAAUUAUAUUUUGCCUAAAA